AUGGCAGCACAGAGCCUUCAACAUAAAGGUAACAAGACAGGAAACAAGAUAGGAAACGCCUCUAAUGCUAUACCAAAAACAUUUCAGCCACACAAUCACUCCUUCUCCCAGGCAAACCAAAGCUUUACUGGGAUGGAACCGUUCCUUCAUGUGGAGCCAGAGGAUCCAGCCACAGCGUUCACGAAAGGAGUGCUCAGUAACUGGAUCAUACCCUCCACCUAUGCACUGUCUAUGCUGCUGGGCAUCCCAUCGAAUGCCUACAUUGUGGCUUUUUUAAGGACCAUUGCAUGUAUCAGUGUGAAGCGUUACCUAGCCGUGGUCAAGCCUUUUCUGUACAGGCGACUGGCGACUACCUCCCUGUCAGUGUGGGCCUGCCUCAUUGUGUGGCUUCUGUUCGGGGCUGCGAUUGUGCCAGAGCUCCUGGUCAGGCAGAGUUACUACAUUCCAAACCUGGGAGUCGUCACAUGUCAUGACAUUCUGCCAUCAUACCAGAAGCCACACUCUCUGCUGGUUCCGUUUCGACUGGCCCUGGUCUUCCUUGGGUUCAUAGUGCCUUUCUUUGUUUGUAUUUAUGCUCAUGUGUCAGUGGUGUAUCACUUAAGGCAGUCUGGCUGUGACUGGAAACCUUUUAUAAAGGUCAGUAGCCUGGUCUUCGUCAUAUUUGUGGUUUGCUUCUUACCCAGCGGCACACUGCACAUCACUCACUACAUCUGUCUGAUUGUGAGCGGUGACGACCAAAUGUAUACGUACUACAGGGCUGCGGUGUGCUUGUGCUGCUUCCACAGCUGUCUGGACCCUCUGCUGUGUCUGCUGCUAUCCAGGACCGCCUCCUCUGAACUACACUUCAUAUCCCUGCGCGGGACAACUACUGCAGCGAUGUGA